UUCUAUUUGCAAAUAUGCUUUUCUAAACAUUAAGCCUGUUGGCUUGCAUUACACUGUAGUAUAAUGGGGCUGAGGGUUAACGAAUAUCUUCAGUAAGCGGUUUAGCUUGUGGAGACAGCGCGCGAGUCACUAGCAUUUUCAUCAUGGCGAGAGUCCCAGACGUCCGUUCCACACCCGCGAGCGCUCCAUCUCAUCAGGGGUAUGGAAACGAUGUAUCCAGUAACGGAAUGGUGGAUGGCUGUCACACCUUCAAGGCUGCUGACAUGGUCAUUGAGCUCUCUCAGGACCACAAGGCCAAACCGGACCUGACCAACCUGGUGUUUGGGAGUGUGUUCACGGACCACAUGCUGACCAUCGAGUGGUCCAGCGCGGAGGGCUGGCAGAAGCCCCACAUCAAGCCGUUUGGCAACCUGCCCAUGCACCCCGCCUGCUCGGCCCUGCACUACGCAGUCCAGCUGUUUGAGGGGAUGAAGGCGUACAGGGGCCCAGAUGACCGAGUGCGUCUCUUCAGACCCAUGCUCAACAUGAACCGCAUGGCCAGGUCUGCCGAGAGGGCCUGCCUGCCUGCCUUUGACAGGGCAGAGCUGCUGGAGUGUGUCCGGAGGCUGGUGGAGCUGGACCAGAGCUGGGUCCCCCAGUCCGACUCGGCCAGCCUCUACAUCAGACCCACCUUCCUAGGCACAGAGCCGUCCCUGGGGGUGAAGAAGCCAUCCCGCGCGUUGCUCUACGUGAUCCUGAGUCCAGUGGGGUCCUACUUCAGCACGGGCGUCAAGCCCGUGUCCCUGUGGGCCGACCCCAAGUACAUACGAGCCUGGAGGGGAGGAACCGGCGACUGCAAGAUGGGAGGAAACUACGGUUCCUCUAUCUACGCUCAGAACGAAGCUGUGGAUUAUGGGUGCCAGCAGGUGCUCUGGCUUUACGGAGACGACCACCAGAUCACAGAGGUCGGCACCAUGAACCUCUUCCUCUUCUGGACCAAUGAGGAUGGAGAGGAGGAGCUGGCCACGCCCCCGCUGGAUGGAAUCAUCCUGCCUGGGAUCACCAGACAGAGCAUUCUAGAGCUCACCAGGAAAUGGGGGGAGUUCAAGGUGACUGAGCGCCACUUGACCAUGUUGGACCUGCAGAGGGCUCUGAAGGAGAAGCGGGUGCAGGAGAUGUUUGGUUCUGGUACUGCCUGCGUGGUCAGCCCUGUGGGGCGCAUCCUCUACCAGGGAGAGAACUUGCUCAUCCCGUGUCAGGACAACAGCCCACAGCUGGUGUUCAGAUUGCUAAAGGAGCUCACGGAUAUACAGUACGGUCACACUCCUAGUGACUGGGCCUUCAUGGUGUAGCCAAACCAGCUAAAAGGACAAACAUAAACACUCUCUGACACUCAAACACACACACACACAUUUGAAAAGCAAUACAACCAAACAGACAUGGAAGCGUCCAAAGUAGCACAGUGUGCUUGCACUACACACAAACUAUACACACAAACGACAGUACCUUCCACAGUAGCACAGUGUCUUGUCUAUCUAUAUAUGGGUGAACUCUUUAAAUUUGCAGUUAUCUUAGUCUGAUUGUAUAAUACCUGAUAGUCAGUAUUCAUGUCCUAAAGCACACAGACACACCCACUUCACCCAGCUCAGCUAACAUUGGGCGCUUGUAUACACAGGGCUCAUCUAGAUAGGUAAAUAUGUGAUUGAACACAGCACAAUAUAUGUUAGCACAGGACCACAUCCUCAGGCAGUAUGCUACCUUGGAAGGAGACGACACAAGAUGACGAGACAGCUUGUCUGUCUGACGUGUGGCCUUCAGUGGAAAUAAUAACAAGGGAAGGAAGGAAAUGACGGAGGAAGGAAAGGAAGGAAGAAUCCUAUUGGCACUUUCACUUGAUCAAAGAUGGACCUAUCCUAACAUGUCGUGACAUACAUCAUGCAGCAUGGCAUCUCUUAUGCAGAUACACUUGAUAUAGUGUUGUUUAUGUAUGUGCUGUUUGUAUUGUAAUGAGACCAAACACAGAGUUCUAUUUGUAUGGUGUUGCUGUGUAUUCAAUAGAGUAUUUUUAAUAUAGAAGAUUAUUUUUCAAAUGAUUUGCUGUUUGAAUCAGUGUGGAGGGUCAAGAGCACUUUAUGAGAGCGGACAGAGAACUACAUCCUCAGGGGAAGAUGCUGAAAUGCACACUGGGUAAAUGUAAUGAUCAAACAUAAAUGGACACGGACUGAUCCUAAUAAUGUGCUGAGAGAAAGAUCAUUUGACUUUCCAUGUCAGUGUUUGUCAGUUGUUAGUUGCAUGAUCUGUGUGUAAAUGAGUGUACAUUUCCUUAGAGAGCAAUAAAACGUAGAGGUCACAAACGAAACGUAACAAUAAGCCAUUAGACUGUAUUAUACUGUAUACCACAAAGCCUCGGAAACGUGUGCUAUCAUACUAACCCUGUUAGCUGUGCACUAAAUAUACCUGUGUGUUCCUUGGUAUUUCGAAUGGAAUUUGAUGUCUGUGUUGAAAGGGAAGCUAAUUAAAUGUUCCCUGGACCUGUAUUGCCUUGAUCCACCAGUGUGUGACUAGAAUGUAAAGCACAACCUUUUGUCUUUUGUGGAGCCCUAUAUAUUCAGAGAUUAAAUGGAAUACAUAGUUCAUAUACAAAGUGUGUUGGAUAUGUUCAUAUGUAAUCUAUGGGUGUAUUGGCAAGUUUUGCCUGUCAAUAUCAUGUUUAUCCAAGUAAUAAAUUCUCUA